UCGAGUCAUACGGACAAGGAAGUUUGGAGCCCGUAUUUGACAUGAUAUGUUUUUACAGAGUUAAUUAUUUGUGUUUGUGAAAUACAACAUCGGUAUCUCACGGAGUACGGCUUAUAUAAUGUAAUUACAUGACGGAUAAUUAGCCCGACAUGUUAUUUCUACUGCUCGUAUUCCUGUCAUCGUCAGAUGCUGUAACACUGACCGGGUCGUCUGAGUACACUAUCCCCGGGAGUGAGUUUACACUGAAGUGUGACGUACCAGAGGAAGCAAGCCAAGUCCAGUUGUACCGCCGCCCUGACCUGACUGCUAUACAAGGUAGUAUACAAGUAAGUGGUGGUCAGUGCCACAACACUACUACUACUACUACUCAUGUCCUCUGUAGCCCGGAUGUCUGUUCCUGUACUACCACCUCGACUCUCUAUGGUACAGUGUUCCAGUGGGUCAUACAGCCACAGACAGGAGACCAUGGAUCUGUGUGGUAUUGUCAACGUACCAACGCAAGGCUACUUGGCGCUGUUGUAACCAGUCCUGACUACACACUUAACGUGGUCGAUGGUCCUGGUACUGUUACCCUGUCCCCAUCGGCCAUUUACUACACCAAAACUGAGAGGGACACGUUACCGGACAUCACCUGUACAGCUGACUGUAGACCUGGCUGUACCUUUGUCUGGACAAAACUUGACAACCCCAUCUUUACUGCCUCAGAUGUGUUGUCACUGGGACAACUGGACAGAUCAGAACACGGGACGUACAUAUGUACGGCUAGGAAUGUUGCCGGGGAGUUAACUACACGUGUAUUUGUUUCUGUGAUGUACGGUCCAUCAGCUGCGGGUUUGUCACCACCAGCUACAUCCUACACUUUAACAGAAAGACAAACUAUCUCUACCGUCACGUGUUCGUCUGACUGUAACCCAGUCUGUACCUACAGAUGGACAAAGAAUGGACAGUCCCACACAACAGGGUCAGGUCUUCAUCUCAACAACAUACAACGUGGUCAGACGGGCGAAUACAGGUGUACGGCCAGUAACGAAUACGGGAGUCAGACAUCUAGUGAGGUCACCGUCAUCGUCAAAUUUGACUUGUAA